AUGGACUAUAGAAACUUUGCUGCGGCAAAUGCUCAUUAUAUUGAGCUUAUGAAAGAACAACAAAGGGCUCAGCAAGAAAAGAGACUACGAUUAAAAGAAGAAAAAGAAUUGGAAAAAAAAAAUAAAAAAAAAAAUAAAAAAGAAGCAAAAAAUAAACACAAACUACUACAAACUCAAACAACAAACUCUUCUAAUACUACUCACAACUCAAACAACUCUAACAACUCUAACACUUCCACUGCCAACGAAAGAGCUUCCCUAUUUUCAAAACAAAAUACCAUACAAUCUUCAAAUGCCUCCUCUGUCAACUCAAAAUUGUCUUCAAUCAACAACAACGACUAUCUGAGAUUCAAAAAAUAUCCUACAAGCACCUCCCAUACCCAAAACAUUUCUAACCAAUACAACACCCACAACUUGAAUAAAAUCACCACCUCCAUCUCAAAUUCAACCUCAGGCUCAAGCUCAAAUAACACUGUGAUAUCCGAUUCUCAUCGCCAUAAUAUCAGUAGCAAUGCCAAUAUCAUUUCCAAUUCGAAUAUUCCCAAUAACGAUAACUUACCUGCUUCCAACUCCUAUCACUCCAAAUUAAAGUUUUUCCACUUCAACUCAACUCAACCAAAUUCUUCUCCCAUAAACACCCAUUCAAAUAAUACCAUCCCCAACAUCAACAGCCCAAACAAUGUUAAUCCAAAUGCUAAUACCAAUACUAAUACCAAUACCAAUACCACUAAUAUCCAUACUCCUGGUAAUGAAAUCACCAGCCUUAGAUCAAGUUCAAUUAAAAACUCUUCUUCAAUUAGAAACAAUCCAUCGUCAUUAAUUAAUUCGUCUUACACGAAUUCAAUUCGAAAAUCCGAUAGUUCAUCCAGUCUUACAAGUUUUGCUAAUACUAAUACUACGUAUCCCACUGAUCUAUCGUCUGUGAAGUCCAAUAAUUCAGCGAAUUUAAUAAACAAAUCUAGUAAAUCUUUUAGAAAUUCGAGUAUUAAUUUCAAGAGCUAUUUGCCAUUUUCUAAUCCAAUCAACCAACCUAUUAAUUUAAGCCAUGACGGCAGUGGUAAUAAUACUGGUAUCAAUGAUAAUGGAAGCAAUGCUAAUAAUCCAUUUAAUGAUCCUCAAUAUCAAUUACCUUUAUACGAUUUAACUGAGAAUUUAUCUACAGAAUUUCUCAGUAGUAUUAAUAAUAAGACGUUAUCAAAAUUUGAAUUUUUCUUAAAAUUUAAUGAAAAUAUCGACCAGUUAAAAUUGUUUAGCAAUGCUAAUGAUAUUGAUAAUUUUGAAAAUCAUAAUAAUAACAGAUAUAAUGACGAUCUAAUUCACGAAGAAGGGGAAGAAGAGAAAGAAGAUCAUCAUUAUACUUAUAAUCAUAAUUACAAGGAAUUAUUUUUGAACAAUUCUUCAAAGAGAUACGAUUUUUUUAUUAAUAAUUAUUUUACAAUGGAGAAUUUUUUCAAUAUUAAUAAUAUUAGUAGAAAAUACAAUUUAAGUUUAAAUUUGAUUGAGUUGUGGUUUAUUCAUUCGCAUAAAUAUUUAUUUAACGAUGGGAUAUUGGUUAAUAAUAAUAUCAAGAGAUUGAUUGAAUCGAUUGAAUUUGCCAAUACUAAUACUACUACAGCUGGUGGAAAUAGUAACAUUAAUCCGUUAAAAUUAUUGCAUUUGUCUAAUGAAUUGGAUGUUUACUGGUCAUGGCAAUUAAGUUUAGAUGUUAAGAAUUCAUGUUCUGUUUAUAAUUAUCGAAAUUUUACCAAUUCAUUAGAUUACGGGAAUUCCAUUGAUAAAAAACCAAAGAAUUAUUUUGUUAAUUCCGGAAAGACAUUUGAUAAUUUGCCAUACCAGGCAGGUUACUUUGAUUUAAUUUAUUCAAAUGAGUUUAAUUUUUCGUUGAAUUAUAAGAAUUGCAAUAAAAUUUUAACAGAAUUGUAUAGAAUUUUGAACAAAAAUGGAUAUGUUGAGUUGUUGUUGACAGAUUUAACAGUUUUAAAAACACAAAAUGAUUUUGAAGGUGAAAAUGAGCAUGAAGAUGAUUUUGAAAGAGAUAACAAUGACACUGAAGGAAUUACUAAUAACGAGGAAGAAAGUGAUAAAGAUAUAUUUAAUGAAGCGAAUUACUAUGAAAAUGAAGAGCAUAAAGAGAAUCAAAAUGAGAAUCAAAACGAUAAAGAUAGUGAAAAUGAAAAUGAAACUAAAAACUCAAAUUCAAAUUCAAAUGAUAGUGAAGAUAAAGAAAAUGACAUUUUAAAUCAUAAUGAGGACAAGAUAAGAGCCAACGGCUUAUCUAAAAAGACUAAAAAAACUAUCGAUGAUUUGAAAUACUACUGGGAUAAAUGUCUUAAGAAUAUUGAUGAAUUCAGUAUAAAUAACAAUGGAAAUGGAAGCGGAAAUGGAAAAGAGGAUAAUAAGAGAUUAAGUAAAAAUGAGGAAUUAAAUAUUGACCCAUAUCCAUCAUUCAAGAUUCUUAAUAAAUUAGAGGAAGCUGGUUUCAAAAACAUCAGAUAUUCUAUUAUUGGAUUACCAAGAUUCAACAUCUCAUCGAAUAGAGGAAGCCAAGAAGAAGAAUUUGAUAUAGAAGAUGAGUACUUGAAAAAAAUGAUUGGUCUUAAUAGCUUGAUUGAGUUUUAUACAAGUUACUGGGAAUUCAAGUUCUUCCAAAGAUUUGGAAAGUUUACCAACGAGGACUUUGACAACUAUGCUUAUCUUAAGAGACUGAAAUUGAAUCAAACAUCACUGGACAGCGAAAACUGCUCAUUCAAUGGGGGUCUCAACUACUUUAUUGUUAUCAAUGCUCAAAAGGUGUUAUAA